AGGCUUCCGAGCUCGAAGGAGUUGUGGAGAGCUCUCGUCAAAUGCAUGUGACACUUUAAGGGAGCGUCGAAGCUGCCGAGAGCAAAUCGGCGCAUUACGAAGAGCUCGCCAACGUCUCCAACAAGAAGGUUGCGGAGCUGGGGGAGGAGAUGUCGAGUUUACAUUCGAAACUGGCAUCUCUAGAGAAGGUUCUGGCAAGCCAGGAAGAAACUCUGAAGGCGGCUGUUGACACCGAGGCGGAGCUACGUCAACAGCUCAAGCUCGCAGAAGAAACUUCAGCAAUGCACGAGGCAACAGCGGGCGAACGAGAAAAGGUGGCCUCGGAAAGAGAGAAGGAGCUCUCGGCUGUGAACUCCAAGCUGACAGCUUUGAAAGAGACCUUGGCUGGCCAAGAGGAGACUCUCAAGUCGGCUUUCCAAGCCGAGGCAGAACUGCGAGGCAAGCUUUCGAGCGCAGAAGAAGCUACCGCAAAGCAUCAGGCUGACGCAGGGGAGAGCCAGAGAGCCGCAGCGGAGAAGAUCGCCGCUCUCGAGAGUACCAUCGAGAAGCUGGCGGAGAAGCUGGCUAAUACGGAGGAAGUGCUCGAGGCCACCAAACAAGAGGCUGCGAGAUCCAAAGACGCUGAAAGUAAGAAGGUGCAAGAGCUCGAGAAGGAAGCCGAGGCUAUGGCAUCAAACUUUCAAGCAGAGCUCGCGAAGGUCCAAGGUGUGGCGAGCUCUCUGGAGGAAAAACUGGACGAAGCAGCUCGACUCAUUUCUGAGCAGGAGAAGACGAUCUCGCGAAGGCAGGAGAGCGAGGCCCAGCAGCGAGAUGGCUACGCAUCGGAGACCAAGUCGCUCCUCGCCAAGCUAAGCGCGAUGAGCGAAGAGUUUUCCAAGGAAAAGCAGCUGCUGGAUAAUGAGAUAUCUAGUAUCAAAGGCGAGAGAGAGGAUCUUCGUAAGAAGCUGAGUGAGAUCCACGUAAAUGGAGCGUUUGCCAAGAAGUUGGAGACUCGUCCGGCGGAGCCAGCCGUUGAAGAAGUCGAGACGAGAAGUAUCUCCAGAGAUUUUGAUACCGGAGCUCUCAAAGCAAUGCCGAGGAGGAGGAAAGGAGCGGCUCCUUCCGCGGGAGUUGUGGAGGAGGAGACGAGCAGUGGCAAGGACAAAGUGGUGGGAAAGCAGGGCAAGGCUUCCUCCGGGUUCCUGGGAGCAACCAUUGUCGCGGUUUCUGUGAGCUCCUUCGUCGGCUUACUGGUGGACAGGAAACUAUUUUGA